GUCUCCCGCGCGCGACAGGCGGGGCUCUUUCCAACGACCACCCUCCCCGCCGUCGUCGCCGCCCCCGCCGCCGCUGCCCACGAUGCGCGCGUCCGCCCCGCUCCCUCUCCUCACCGCAGUCCUCGCCGCCGCCACCCUCCUUUCCCCCGCCUCCGCCCAGAACCUCUCCGACACUCAGCUCGACGCGCUCAAGGACAACCUCUGGCUCGCAGCCCAACAGACCUGGGAACUCGGCACAGAGUCCCAGGCCCUCCUCGAGUCCGACGCGUCCCCCUACGCCGUCUUCUUCAACUCGUCCCUCCCCCCGCCCCCAGGCAACCAGUCCCUCAGCGACCCCUACAGCUACGCCGCCCUCGCCCCCGUCCUCCAGAUCGCGUACAAUGCCGCCGCCAGCCGCUCCAACUCCACCGGUCCCCAGCCCGUCAUGUACGCCCAGGGCGGCGCUGCCGGCGACCCCGCCUCCCUCGGCGUCGCCAUCCUCCUUGCCAACUGGACAGGCGCCCCUAACCCUCCGCUCGACGUACCCCUCAACGCGACUGACCCGCGCGGCGUCAACUUUGGACAGGGCGUCACGUAUGCCCGCGCCGCGGCCGAGCAGCUCGAGUAUCUCCUCACCGUCGUGCCCCGCACGGACGACGGCGCGAUCAGCCACCGCAUCGAGCAGGUCCAGCUCUGGGCCGACUUCACCUACAUGGUGCCUCCCUUCCUCGCCUACUACGCCGUCAUGACCAGCAACCAGUCCCUCCUCCAGGAGGCUUAUACCCAGAUUAAACUAUACCGCUCAUACCUGCUUGACAAUGAUGAGGGCCUGUGGAGACAUAUCCUCAUGGGCAACACCAACGUCGAUACUGGAUUUUGGUCAACGGGCAACGCAUGGGCCGCCGCAGGCAUGACCCGUGUCCUCGCCACCAUCCAGCGCUCGCCAUGGGCAAGCAGCAUGGGCUCUGAGAUGAGCGACCUCACGACCUGGAUCACAGACAUCCACAGCGGCAUGUACCAGUACCUCGACUCGGACACCGCCCUCUUCCACAACUACGCCAACGAGACAGACUCCACCAACACCGGCCGCUCCUUCCUCGACGCCUCCUCCACCUCCCUCCUCGCCAGCACCGUCUACCGCCUCGCCCUCCUCCAGGGCAUCCACACCCACGUCCCCGACGCCGAAAAGUCCCGCAAGGCCCUCUCCGCCUCCGCCUCCUCCAACGGCGUCCCCUCCUUCUCCAGCUGGGGCACCGGCGACGGCGUCGGGCCCGCCACGUCUUUCACCGCGACACACCCGUCCUCCGUCUCUGCAUCAUCACUCUCUUCCUCCACCGCCACCUCGAGCUACAGCCUGCCUACGCCGAGCGCCGCCGUCGGCGCGGACCUCUCCCAUUUCUCCCCCCAGAUGUGGCUCACCCCCGUCGUCGACCCGUACAACUGGGCUGCCCAGGGCGGGAGCUCCCCCGAGGGCCAGGCCUUCGUCGUCGAGAUGUACGCUGCCUACCGCGAUUGGGUCGAGGUCGGCGCGCCGGGCAUCAACGCUGCGGUGCGCCUUGGGCCCGGCGCCCCUGUGUGGAGCGUCGCUGUCGCGGGUAUCAUGGCGGUGGCGAUGCUCGUUUGCUGAGUGAGGGAAUCUUGCCUUUCUGCUUCCCAUGUGUCAUUUCUUGGUACUACUUACACUGUCGAUAGUUGAAAGUUAGACUACAUCCCGUUGAUGUAAGAGUAUGUGUUUUCUGAUUCCUUGCCAAUGCCGGAUUUAGUUCUCUCCUGCAACAUCUCAAUCGCCCCCUCUGCUGCCAGCGGUGCAUCACGAGCGAGGGAGAUUUGCGGUGUCGCCGUGUGCGAAACGCAUACACACUGUUAGUUCAAUGUGUGAGACGACGGGAGCCUCUACAUGUAUUCAACCAUCGUAAGGUCAUACGACGGAUUGCUUUACAAACUCGAUCAAAGCU